GCGCCUCGCCACUCUACCUCAGGAUCAUGGGGAAUGGCAUGACCAAGGUACUUCCUGGACUCUACCUUGGAAACUUCAUUGAUGCCAAAGACCCGGAUCAGCUGGGCCGGAAUAAGAUCACACAUAUCAUCUCUAUCCACGAAUCACCCCAGCCUCUGUUACAGGAUAUCACCUACCUUCGAAUCUCAGUGUCUGAUACUCCUGAGGUACCCAUCAAAAAGCACUUCAAAGAAUGCGUCCACUUUAUUCACUCUUGCCGCCUCAACGGGGGUAACUGCCUUGUGCACUGCAUAUCUUUCACUGUGAGAUCAUUCUUUGCAGGUAUCUCUCGAAGUACCACCAUAGUGAUCGCCUACGUGAUGACAGUGACUGGACUUGGCUGGCAGGAAGUGCUUGACGCCAUCAAAGCCUCCCGGCCCAUCGCCAACCCAAACCCAGGCUUUAGGCAGCAGCUUGAGGAGUUUGGCUGGGCAAACUCCCAGAAGCUUCGUCGGCAGCUGGAGGAGCGCUUCGGGGAGAUCCCGUUCCGCGACGAGGAGGACUUGCGCGCGCUGCUGCCUCUCUGCAGGCGCUGUCGCCAGGGCUCGGCGACGUCGGCAGCGUCGGCCACCACAGCGUCCUCGGCCGCUUCCGAGGGGACCCUGCAGCGCCUGGUGCCGCGAUCGCCGCGGGACUCACACCGGCCGCUGCCCCUGCUGACGCGCGUCAAGCAGACUUUCUUCUGCCUCCCGCGGUGCCUGUCGCGCAAGGGCGACAAGUGA